AACGAAAUUAUCUCUAAGUAGAAGAAGUUAAAGUCUGUUUAACUUCAGUAUGCUGUAUGUUAUGUAUUAGGUAAAUAAAUGGUUGUUAAGUUGUUUCGUGUAGUCAAAAGUGUAACUAUAAAUUCAACAAUUGCAGUGCAGGUGGUUGUUAUCGGAGCAGGCGACGAGUGGUUUGGGUGAGUGACAAAUGCCGGCGUCGGUGGUGAUAGAUGUCAACGUGGUGGUGAAGUGUCGCGAGGGCCGAAAUUUCAGUGUGCAAAAUUCCAAAAGAGUGAUGACGCGAGCACCGUGAGAGUACGAUGAGGAUUCUGUCUUCGUCCACAUCUUCGGAGCACUGGUUGACGUUGAUGACCUGCACCGUGUGCGCGCAUACGCCGGACGAUUCGCCCGUAUACAAAUGCAACCUUGGACACACCAUCUGCUAUCCGUGCUUCCAGAGGUUGGUGGUGGCCGGAGGGAUGCCGGUAUGCGGCGUCUGUGAGUCGGACAAGUUCACCAGGCACGACGUUUCCCCGGACUUCCUGAGGAAGCUGAAGACUAAGCCGGGAAUCGGCAGACCCCAUCGGUACACGCUGGAGAGGACGUGCUUAAACGGGGGGCAGCAGUUGGUGAGGAACGGCGGCGUCGACGAUUCGGUUACCGUCGAGCAGCUCUUUCAGCUGCCCUCAUGCAAAAUACAGCAGCUGUUCGACGAGACGACCAAGGAGAGGAUUCGUGGCAUGAACUUCGAUUCGGCGGCGGACAUGCGUAGCCAAUUGAACCUAAAGAAUGAGCGCAGGGACGAGGAGGUGUGUACUGUGUACACGCUGGAGGAUAAAAGCAACAGCAAGAUAUGGUUGAAGAAGUGCAACAGGGACAGCAGCUCGAUCUACAACUUUGAGAACGUGGGCGGAGGCAUCCAGGCGAUGCAGAGCAGGAAACCUCUUAAGUGUCCGCACGAUCCCUGCAACAAGAUCAUCGCAGUAUCUUCUUUCCAAACUCACUUCAAGUACGAACACUGCGACUUUGAGCGGUUUGAUGCCGAACGCGGCAAAGAGCUUCGGCUGAACUUUAAUCCGACGAUCAUCGAACACGAUAAGACCAUCUGCUUGGGAAUUAUCCGGCUGCACGACGGCAAUUGCAAUUCCGGCUGCAGCGGUGGCAGCAUCACCAAGAUCGCGCGCAAGUUCAACCGGAAGCAGGAAGUGGACACGUUUUGGGUGAUGGUCAGCGGGUCUCCUGACGACCGGCCCGAACAUGCUUAUGCUGUCGUCUGGCUCUUCAGUAACAACGGACAGUUCUACAACUGCACCAUUGAGCUCUCUUCCGUCCACGACGUUAUGACCGUGACGACGCUUUGCGGGGUGAACGCGAUGCACGAGAGCCAGAGCAUUGCCGACAUUACCCUCCGCCUAAACUGUCUCUUCCUUACGCACGGCACCAUCGCCAGCAUGCUCGGAUACAGUCCCAAGUUAAAGCUUAGGAUCACAAUCUUCUAAAUUGUAUCCUCCAACCAUAGUAAUUGAAGCAGCAAACCUAUAUUCCCCUUCAUCGCAGACGAGUAAAGUAUACUUAAUCGAAUCAACUAAUAAAUUUACCGUCUAUUGCAAGCUACUUAUAAACCUCAAUU